AUGAGUUUUAAUGAAUAUAUUUGUAAUAUUAAUAAAAACAACUCUAUUUGGAUGCUAAAUAAUGAUCAUCAUAUAAUAGAAGUAUUAAAUGCAGGAACUACCAAGACAAUGACAUUGUAUGAAGAAAUGAAAGAAAAUCAACAGAAUCAUAAAUCAUGUGAUCAAGCAUGUCUUACAAGUGUAAUCAGGGGUGAAACUAUAUUCACAACAAUUGAAGAUAACCAACGUAAAAUUAAUUUGAGAAUUGUAUAUAAAAGAGAUGAUACAGAACUUAGUCAUACAGAAUGUGCCAAAUCACCUACUUUAGGAAAAGCUAUUCGUGAUAAGUCAAAAUGUUUGCGAACUUUAAAAUAUAUUCUUGAUGAAUAUUUAAGAAAAGAUUUAUCAGAAAAUGAUGUUAAGACUCAAAAAUAUUGGAUAUUCAAUUUUCUGUUAAGAUUGCAUGGUCAAAUAAUAGGUGUAGAACUUCUAGAUAAUGAAUUGUACUUUGGAUUAGAAGGAUCUUCUUUUAGUCUUUCUGCAUAA